AUGACAGCACAGUCUUCCUCCAAUGGCGCCGCCUCGGCAAGCAGCACUGGCGCCAAUCCGCUGAAGCGAGUCGACCUCGAUGGCCACCAAUUUCCCCCGUCCCCGGCGCCCUCGAGUCCGCGCAACGGCCGCCGGCGAUAUGCCCUCGCGACCGAGCUAGUAUACACCGAGGCCAAGGACCAGUACGGCGCCUCGAGCAUUCCAAUCUACCAGUCGGCCACGUUCAAGCAAACUUCGGCCAGCGGCGGCCAGCAGGAAUACGACUACACGCGGUCUGGAAACCCAACACGGACCCACUUGGAGAGGCAUCUUGCCAAGGUCAUGAACGCCAACCGCGCGCUGGCCGUCAGCUCCGGCAUGGGCGCCCUCGACGUCAUCACCCGCCUGCUUCGGCCGGGCGACCAAGUCAUUACUGGCGACGAUCUCUACGGCGGCACCCAUCGCCUCCUGACCUAUAUGGCCACCAACCAGGGCAUUGCGGUCCAUCAUGUUGAUACUACCAGCACAAGCGCCGUCAGCCAAUGCCUCUCGAGCAAGACCGCCAUGGUACUCCUCGAGACACCUACCAAUCCUCUCAUCAAGAUUGUAGACCUCUUGUCCAUUGCCCGCAUGGCCCACGAGUCCAACCCCAAGGCUCUGAUCGUCGUCGACAACACCAUGCUCUCGCCCAUGCUCUGCAACCCACUCGACCUAGGAGCCGAUAUUGUCUACGAGUCGGGGACCAAGUAUCUCUCUGGUCACCACGACAUCAUGGCCGGCGUCAUUGCAUGCAACGACGCUUCCAUCGGAGACAAGCUCUUUUUUACCAUCAACUCCACCGGCUGCGGUCUCUCGCCCAACGACUCCUUUCUUCUCAUGAGGGGUGUAAAGACUCUUGGCAUUCGAAUGGAGAAGCAGCAGACCAAUGCCCAGGCCAUUGCCGACUUUCUCGAGUCUCGCGGGUUUCGGGUGCGGUACCCUGGCCUCAAAUCCCACCCACAGUACGACUUACAUUGGUCCAUGGCCCGGGGAGCCGGUGCUGUCCUAUCGUUUGAGACUGGUGAUCCAACAGUCUCGGGGCGCAUUGUUGAAGCGGCCCGUCUGUGGUCCAUCAGCGUUAGCUUCGGUUGCGUCAACAGCCUCAUUAGCAUGCCGUGCCAGAUGAGCCAUGCAAGUAUAGACGCUAAAACGAGGAGAGAGCGGCAGAUGCCCGAGGACAUCAUCCGGUUGUGCGUCGGCAUCGAAGACGUGAACGACCUCAUUGAGGACCUCUCCCGCGCGCUUGUUCAAGCCGGUGCCGUGACCGUGACGCUCGAUGGCCUACACGCCAAGGGUGCCGCCAAGGAGUUGGGAGAAACACCACUUGAUGUCCAGCACUGA